GCUAUGGCGUGUCUCACCUUAUCUGUGUCAGUGGAACUGGAGUAUUGGGUUAGAGCCGAGGGCUGUGUAUGCAUGCUGUUUGUGUGUGUGUGGGAGUGUAUGAGGGAGAGAAGGAGAGAGACUGUGUGUGUGAGAGAGAGUGAAAGUGUGAGAGAGAGGGAGAGAGCAGGAGAGAGCGCAGUUGUGAAAUGGGGACAGAGAGAGAGGAAUCCAAGCAGACAGCUUCCCUAAUAGAGCAUGAUUAACUCAGCUACAGAGGCAGGGAGCCGUUGGAUUACAGUUGAAUUUUCAGCUCGAUAUUUGGAUGUAUAUGUUUAAGAUUUAGCCACAAUGUCGACAGUACAUCCGCUUCUGAAAGCAUGUUUAAUAAUGGACCAGCGAAUAAACUUAAAAUGGUGGCUGCAUUUUUUAUUGCUUUGCCUCAUUUUUGGUGCUUCGUUUGGAGAAGUCCGUUACAUCCUUCCAGAGGAGAUGCAGCGGGGGUCGGUUAUCGGCAAUGUUGCAAGGGAUCUGGGGCUGAAAGUGUUGGAGCUUGAUGCUCGUCGAGCCCGUGUUGUUGCAGAAGGGACCAGUCAGCUGUGUGAACUGGACACUGCGUCAGGGAAUCUUUUGAUAAGCCAACGGAUAGACCGAGAGGAGCUCUGCGCGCAAGCCACUGUCUGCACCCUGCAGUAUCAGCUGUUACUCGAAGAUCCCCUUCAAGCAUACAGCAUAGUUUUGGAUAUUGCAGAUAUAAAUGACAACAGCCCAGUGUUCGCUGCAGAGGAGAUACGGCUAGAUUUAGUCGAAUCCACUGUUCUGGGGAGGCGCUUUCCAUUGGAGAGCGCGCAUGACCCCGAUCUGGGAACCAACUCAGUCCGUGAAUAUAAACUGAGCCCGAAUGACCAUUUUGCACUGGAAAUGAGCACCCAAAUAAACGGCAAUGCUUAUCCGGAACUUGUUCUUAAAAAGGCCUUGGACCGGGAGGCGCAAGCUGAACAUGUACUGAAAAUCAAUGGAAUUGACGGGGGAAAUCCGGUCAGAUCAGGAACUGCUUCUAUCCAUAUCCGUGUUUUGGACGCCAAUGACAACGUUCCAGCUUUUAGCCAACGAGUCUACAAAGCCUCUGUACCAGAGAACUCGGCCAUAGGGACUCUCAUAGCAAAGCUAAAUGCCACGGACUCAGAUGAGGGUGUUUAUGGAGAGAUAACCUACUCUUUCAGUCACUUGUCAGACAAGACUGGGGGAGUUAUUGAAAUUAACCCUGUGAGUGGAGAAGUUAGGGUGGCAGGUGUUAUUGACUAUGAAGAGGCCAGUACGCAUGAACUGGAUGUCCAGGCUAAAGAUGGAGGUGGUCAGGCGUCUCACUGUAGACUUAUAAUUGACGUCAUUGACGUAAAUGACAAUAAGCCCAUAAUAGAAAUAAAGUCAGCCUCUGCUAACGUGGCUGAAGACUCUAAACCAGGAACUAUGGUUGCUCUGAUUAAUAUAUAUGACCUGGACACUGGAAGCAGUGGGCGCGUCACGUGUACAAUCCCGCAAAAUGUUCCAUUUAAAUUUGUGUCGGAAGUCAAAAACUAUUACAUGUUAGUGACUGACGGAAUACUAGACAGAGAGCUUCAACCCGAGUAUAACAUCACAGUCACAGCCACUGAUGCGGGCUCUCCCCCACUCUCUAGUAUAAAAGUUAUUACAAUCGUGGUCACUGAUAUUAAUGAUAACCCUCCGACGUUUACGCAGCGCGAGUACAAUGCCAACAUCUUGGAAAACCAGCCCGUUGGCACGUUUGUGAUGAGAGUGACAGCAGAGGACAUUGACGACGGCUCUAAUGCUAAAAUACUGUACCAAAUAUCAAAGGAUACAAAGUCAGAAGUGUCCUCCUUUCUCACCAUCAACGCAGACACAGGAGAGCUCUUCACGUCACGCCUCUUUGAUUACGAACAGUCAGUUCACUUUCAAAUUAAGGUGACAGCUCGAGAUGGAGGUGACCCGCCACUCUCCACCACCUGCACUGUAAACGCUUUUAUUAAAGACCAAAAUGACAACGCACCGGUUGUCCUAUAUCCUGUCCAAACCACUGGGUUCAUAGCUGAGGAUAUGGUGCCCAUUGAAGCGCCUCGUGGUUACCUGGUUACUAAGGUGGUAGCUGUGGACGCAGACUCUGGCCAUAACGCGUGGCUGUCCUAUAGAAUAAUCAAAGCAACGCGGCCUAACCUGUUCAUAGUCGGUCUGCAUACAGGAGAAAUCAGAACUUUGCGAGCAUUCAUGGAGGACGAUGAGCCGAAACAAACGGUUGUUGUCUCAGUAACCGAUAACGGGCACGAAUCUCUGUCCGCCACCGCCACGGUCAGCGUGGUGAUUGGUGACGGGCUGCCUGUUUUAAACGAGCUCUUUGAGUUUACAGAUGAACCACAGGAGAGCGAUGACUUAACGUUUUAUUUGAUUAUCGCUUUGAUAGCCGUUUCCUCUCUUUUCAUCCUUUUACUCAGCGGAGUGUUUUACUUUAAGCUCUGCCGGCGUAGUUACGUUUACCGUUCAACCACCGCUAGUCUACCAGUUUUCCCCACGACCUACUGCCCCCCUAGUUUUACAGAUUUAAGCCGCUGUGGCACCCUGCUAAAAGAUGAGCGGUAUGAUUCCUUCAUGACCACAGGGUCGUGGAGAGGCGAUUUCCGUUUCGGCUCCAGCACAGACACUGAUACACUGAAGCAAAGAAGCGCAGCUUAUCAAAAAAACACGUUAAGGCGCGCAAGUGCGGACAGAGCUACUCUGAAGGUGAGGGCCGGUGCAUCGCAUCCGUGUUACGUGGUUAAAUGAGAGUCGGCCAUAACAUUUUUGACACAACUGUCACUGUUGUAAAAUAUCCCUAAAUUAAAAUUGGACCCUUUGACUGCCAAAUAUGUCAGAAUUUUAUUCGUGCGUAAACAUGUUGUCUAUGCUUUAAUGUGCUGUAAUGUUCUUGGA